GUGAGAUCUCGUGUCUGACGGCGCGGAUGAGAUGGAGGGAGCUCAUUGGCGCUAUGCGACAGACGUCACGCAUGCACCAACUCACGGCAGCUUCCUUGGCGGCAACGACUGUGCUGGUAGCUUUCGCGACGCUCUAUGACAUUUCUCAGGGCCACGGUGCAGAUGCUGUGCCGAACUUGAUCCUGGUAUUGAUCAUGCCUUUCUCCUUGUAUGUGGCUGCCUGUGCGACAGCAGAUUGCACUCGGUUGCCGUCCCUGCUCUGCAUGCUGGAUGCAGAGGAGGAGGAGGAAGAGGGGGCCUACAUGGACCUCGCAUUGUUCCUCACGCUCAGCGAGUCCGGCUUCUUCAUGUGGGACACACGCGUUACACUUGGGGUGCUGCAAAAGUUCGUGUACUUCACUUCAGCUGUGGUCGGCACCAUCGGAUUUCAGUUGAAGCUCGUCGACCUCUGA